CUGUAUCAACAGUGGCGGACGAUAUCCUUACAGCUGCAAGCGGGUUGGAAAUCGUAUCACUGGGGGUGAAGGGGGUCUUCUUAACAUUUACCUUGUUAAUAAUUGAUGAAGCGAGAUGAAUGCACCUCCGACCUUCGAGUCAUUCUUAUUAUACGAGGGAGAGAAAAAGAUAAUAAAGGAACAGGACACUAAAGUACCAAAUGCUGCGAUCUUUACGAUUAACAAGGAGGAUCACACUUUGGGAAACAUGAUCCGCAAUCAAUUACUGAAGGAUCCUCAAGUAUUAUUCGCUGGUUACAAAGUUCCUCAUCCCCUGGAACACAAGUUUGUUAUUAGAAUACAAACAACUUCAGAUUACACUCCACAUGAAGCGUUUAUGCAUGCCAUCACUGAUUUGAUCGCAGAACUUUCAUUGUUUGAAGAACGUUUUAAGGAAGCAAUAAAAGAGAAGAAAGAAGGUUUGGAUUAAACGGCUGAGUCUACAUUUCAUAAUUAUGUCCUUUUAUAUCUAGAUUUAAAUUUAGUCUAUUAAAGUAUUUGUAUAUUGGAUAUCAUAGACAUAAUAAAUACAUAUCGUAUAAAUGAAUGUUACAAAGAAUUGGAUCAAAUCAAAGCACAUUGAUAGGAUGAGAAUAAUUAGCUUCUGAC